GCACUGCCUGCUUGCUGAGGAGAUCUUCCCAAUUUAUGUGCAAGUCAAAGGCACAUUAUGGGGGGACUUUCUGUCACGCCCUGCCCCCAAACCUUUCCUUCCUUUGGGACACAGCGUGGGGGGUUCUUCAGCCCAGCAAGUCUCAUGCAUCCCCAGGACUGGGCAGCAUCUCUGUCCUGCACCGCUCUGCGGUGAGGGGACACCCCAACUCAUGCAGAACUGUCCCAAGUGUCCGUGCCCCAGAAUUCAUCCCACACAAUGAUGAGGCACUGUUUGAGCCUAGUGUCUCCUCUCUGCUCCUUCUGACAUGUUGCCCUCUGGCCUUACCCCAUGUUACCCUCCCUCCCUAUCUCUGCCUAUCCAGCCUUUCUCCUCAGUCUCACCCCAUGCAUAGGCUCUGUUGCAGAUCCAAGCUCCUUUUGCCUCUGCCCCACUUCUUCUCUGCAGAAACCUUCCGUAUGUUUGGCAUGCAGUCCCCAGCCCCUUCCCACCUCUCCCUCAUUCCCUGACCCAGCACCCUCCACCGAGUUUCUGCCUUUAACGCGAUGCUGAUGUGGUAUGAACCCAAGUCACUAACUGGUCAUAAAACAGAGGGAGAAACAAAAACUAGUCAAAUAUUUAGGCGCAGGUCUUUAAUAAGGCCUUUAUACUUCCCACAACUCUUUAGUAGUACCAAUAUACCUUUGCCAUUCCUGUGUGUCCCCCUGCCAGGGCCUUGUCCCCCGUGCGGAGUUAAGCUGCCUCUGCUGUUCUCUCCUGGUCCUUCUCUCCCGGGCAGUGUUUUGUCAGGGAUUUGUCCAGCCAUAAUGUUUUAUGGGCAGACGGAGGAGAGCGUGGCUGCUGCCAUUGCCCUGACUGCACGCAGGCUGUGCAGCACAGUGGCUGCGGGACGGGAGGCUGCCCACCACUGUCCACCCAUGAACAGGGAGCCCGGAGCCAAGUGCCAUGGCGUGGCUGGCAGCGAUGAGGGAGUUUUCGUCACUUACAUUACUUUUCAUUUAAAAGUCCUGCUGAAAACUGGCCGGACAAGCUCCACACCUCCCUUGGCUUGCGUCAGUGGUAGGAGAGGCUGUGGAUCGGCUGCCCAGCAGCGCAGCGUGAGCUGCAGAGCUCGUAUCUGACAAAAUUAAGCAUGUGGUGAUUUCAGAGGGUAAGCGGGGAGAGUCCACAGUCUCUGCCUGCACUGGAGAAGGGGUGGAGGCAUCACCCAGGCAUGAGAUAAGCAGAGAGUAAACGGGCACCCCGGGUGUCUCUGCCCCAGGUGCUGGCUGGCGGCUUCCCGGGGCGGCAGGCACCUCUGCUCAGGGCAGGAGGUCUGGGAUCACUUGCAGCCACGGCCCCUGGCCAAAAUGUUCAUGAUGAUGCAAGUAACCCAAGGGACAGAGAUUAUGCCACAGCAGCAUCUCAACAGUGUUUCCUGAGACAGGAUCUGUUCUGACAUCUCUUCUCUGAUCUGCCAUCCUCUUUGCCGACCUGAUACCAUAAGGGAUGGAGAGAACAGACUGUUCCAGAACUUCAUGAAAUCUGAUAAUAGUAAUGUUAGUGUUAGCCUAGUCUGCUAAAUCCACCAGCACUGUUCCUUGAGGAUGUCACCCUUUGGACCCAGGAAAGACUGUGUGAAUCUGGCUCCAUUACUUCAGCAGCUUACUUUCACUUUUCUCUUGAGGAAAAUAUAUCAAAUCUUGCUUUUUCCUGAAGAACCAAAACUGUGUCUUGAUUUAACACCUCAAGGAAGAAAUGCUCUCAGAUCCUAAUGAGAUUUUCCUAAUAAAAAUGUAAAAUAGGUCACUCUAGUACAGAAGUAUUGCCUCCUGUAGAGAAAAAAAGGUGUGAUUUAUAGGUGGGGAAAUGUAUGCUGCAUAAGUAAUUACAAACUAAAAUACUAAGCUGGGUAGUGACUUCUCUUGCAUUUCUUGUAGUUGUUUCCAAAAGCUCUUCUUUCAAAGAUGAAGAACUGGAUGUUCUGGUACACUGUGCAAGUGUAAGCCUGGCAUUCCUCUGGCACACACCCUGUGAAGCUGUGCAUUUGGAAAUGCCUGCUGGGACCUGGAGAUAUCAUGGUUGGACUGUCACUUCUGAAAUCAGACAUGGUUAUCCUUAGCCUUGCAACCCUUUUUCCUGUGUCAGAGGGACUGUAAGAGCCAUAGUAAACCCCAGGCUUUUAAAAAAGGAGUAACUACUUUUUGCUUUGUGUCUGUAGUCAUAGUGAUGAAAAUCUGGUUUGGGUGAAUAUUUUUUCCCCCAGCUACCCUAAGCUUCAGUUGCCUCAUUCCCCCUGGACCCAGCAAGCCUGAGAUUUUGGGGCAGAGGCAUCUCAUGAUCCCUUGAAGCUGUGGGAGAAUGUGGGGAAAUAAUGAUGACUUUGGAGAGGUUGCAUCACCCCAGCUGCCAUCAGGAGCCUGAGAGCUACUCCAGCAAUGCACAGGGAGCGCUGUGAAUAAAUGUUACUCUGCUUCAGUUGUUGCUUUUUCAUAAAGCAUCUCACUGAGCUUCAUGAGCCAUGAAAUGCCUUUUGGCACUGUAAUUGUUAGGAGAUAAAUAUGGACAUGGGGGGAGGAGGGGGGGAAGCUUGUUCAUUAUUCAGUGUAUUUUACCUCAGGAGUUAUUGGUUAGUUCUAAAGACAGCCUGUCACCCCAGCCAAGACAGGAGCAAUACUGUCACACUGUGUUGGCUGCAGUGACAAACAGUUGUGCUGAGCGAUCUGUGAGCAAUGUCUGGACGGAAUCUCCGAGUGCGGCUGUCUGCCACAAAUGCUCAGGGACAGCAGACGUGCGAGGGGAAUCCGUAUUAGCUUGCCAUUGAUGCACAGCCAGAACGGGCAGGCUAAUGGGGUCCUGUGAUGGAGCUGCCAUCGAUCACUUACCCAGCAGAGCAUUCCUCGGGAACCAGACCAGAAAAGCUAUUUAUUGAGUAGAAAGAAAUGGGGCUUCAAAUCGCAGUAGCUGGGGAAUGAUUUGCAACAGGUAAAACUGUUUGGCUGCCACAGGAGGAGGCAGGAAAGCGGAGGAGGCUCGGUAAUCUCAGAGCUGUGAUAAUGGGAAUGGGACUGGCAAAAAGAAGUGAAGGAGUUGAACCAAAGCACAAAUGAACACAGCCCCCUGCGGUGGCUGGAGCAUGGGGGACAUUUUAUGCCAGUAUGUGACAAGGAAAUGAAGUUUAAUUUGGAGGCAGCAGGGAACCACCUGGAAGAAAUAAAAUGAGCUAUGCUGUGUUGCUGGGUGCAGAGGAUAGGGAGAAUUUGGCCAUGAAUCCUUGAUGGCCAUGCCUUGAAGGUUCCCUCAACAGACAUGAUAGGGCCAGGGUCAACAUGAAGUAUUAGAUAAGCUCUACAAAGAGAAAUGAAAAUUAGAAAUUGCAAGAACAUGAUCUGCUUCAUCCAUGUUUGAAUACCAGCUCCUGUACAGCCAAAGAGUUUACCAGGGCACUUUAAAGUCACGGAAGUCUGUCAGCUUGUCAUCAGAAUCUGCUUACCCCCAACACAUGUGAAAUUACCUCCUGACAGCCAGCAGAUGAGAAGCAGGCAGCAGAGCAACCUGUCAGCGGCAGCCCGAGGGCAUAUUGACAAGGCAGAAGCCUCUACAAAGCACAUUUUGCAUUUGCAAGUGCAUUUUGACACACGACACCCACGUCCAAGCAAUGCCAAAGAAGCUGCUCCUUGUAAUAGCGAUGCUGCUGCAUGGCCCAAGGCUCCCCCAAACACUGGUCUGCCUGUGGGCUUAAUCCCAGACUUAGCAGAUGCUGGAAAAAAACCCAAUCCCGCUCAGCCAAGGCUUCGCUUCAGGGUGAGUCAGCGAUACAGCCUAGUGUGCCCACCCCUCGUCUGGGUGCUGCAGAGGUGGUCCGCUUCUCGGUGGCAGCAAAAAGAUGAAUGUCCCUCCAAUGCCAUCAGCUUUCAGCGAGCUCCCAGUCCAGGGAGAAACCACCCUGCAAGGCCUGGGGUUCGACCACUGCUCACUGAAGGGGCAAUGGUGCUCAGGUGGUGACACUUGUCAUUGCAAAAGGAGUUUUGCCACUGUAAAUCUCUACAGAGGGAUUUGAAAUGUAUGCUAAUGGGCUAAAAGCCUCAUUAGUAGAGUUGAUUAGAAUCAGUGUUUAUUACAGAGGGAAGCUAAUUUUUGUAACUUUUAAUUAAAAAUGAGUUAGAAGUGUCAAAUGUUUAAAAUGUUACUUUUGCUCAAGUUAGCACUUAUGUUGCUAAAAGCAAUGUUUUUUCCUUUAAUGAUAAAAUAAAACAUUGGUUGAUCAUGAGAGGAGCUUUCUUGACAGCCAGCUGGGAGACAGUAUGAAACUAAACCCAAAUAUUUCCAUAGUUUUUUACUUUUUUCCCCCACUGGAAUACUUCGAAAAGAUUUUCUUCCUAUGAAAACAGCCGGCUGCCUGCGGUGCGUAGCUGCGAUGGCCGCGCUCCUCGCUGGCAGGGGAGCCCACCCAGCCCCUGCCGUGCAGACCCCUCCAGAGCCCCCGAGGCGCCGGCCAUGGUGGCAGGAGGAGGGGGGCGAGCCGCCCGCCCGCGUCCCUUGCCAGGCACUCCAAACCAGCGGCGUCCCACCUCACAAGGGUCACCGCUCCCCUUUUCCCCUGUCUGGCUGCGAGCCCCUGGCACCCCCCGUCCGCACCCUCCACCAUGCCCAGCCUGACACCGCCCUUUGGUGAAAAGCCGGCCCCAGCGGCAGCGACGGGAGGCCCACGGCGAGGCGCACAAGCAAGGCAGCCCAAUCCUAAAACGAAGCCCUGACAUCACCAAAUCUCCCCUGACGAAGUCAGAGCAGCUGCUGCGAAUAGAUGACCAUGACUUCAGCAUGAGACCAGGUUUUGGAGGCCCUGCAAUUCCUGUCGGGGUGGAUGUCCAAGUUGAAAGUUUGGACAGCAUUUCUGAGGUGGACAUGGACUUCACCAUGACACUUUAUCUGAGGCACUACUGGAAAGACGAGAGGCUGUCCUUCCCCAGCACCAACAACCAAAGCAUGACAUUUGACGGCAGGCUGGUGAAGAAGAUCUGGGUCCCUGAUAUGUUCUUCGUCCACUCCAAGCGCUCCUUCAUCCAUGACACCACGACAGACAAUGUCAUGCUGCGGGUCCAGCCAGACGGGAAGGUCCUUUAUAGCCUCAGAGUUACAGUAACAGCAAUGUGCAACAUGGAUUUUAGUCGCUUUCCCCUGGACACACAGACAUGUUCCCUGGAGAUCGAAAGCUAUGCCUACACUGAAGAUGACCUCAUGCUCUACUGGAAGAAUGGGAAUGAUUCCCUAAAAACAGAUGAGAGGAUAUCGCUGUCCCAGUUCCUGAUCCAGGAGUUUCACACCACCACAAAACUCGCCUUUUACAGCAGCACAGGAUGGUACAAUCGCCUCUACAUAAACUUCACUUUACGCCGACACAUCUUCUUCUUCUUGCUCCAAACCUACUUCCCCGCCACCCUCAUGGUCAUGUUGUCCUGGGUGUCCUUCUGGAUCGAUCGCCGAGCAGUUCCUGCCAGAGUCCCACUAGGGAUCACCACCGUGCUAACCAUGUCCACGAUCAUCACUGGGGUGAACGCCUCCAUGCCUCGUGUUUCCUAUAUCAAAGCAGUGGACAUUUACCUGUGGGUCAGUUUUGUGUUUGUCUUCCUCUCAGUGCUGGAAUACGCGGCUGUGAAUUACCUGACUACGGUGCAAGAGCGGAAGGAGAGGAAACUGCGGGACAAGCUUCCCUGCGCGUGCAGCCUGGCCCAGCCUCGGCCCAUGAUGAUGGACGGCAGUUACAACGACGGCGAUGUGAGUGAACUGGGGCACUACGUGUCUGAGAACGGGGACAAACAAGACCGAAUGAUGGUGCAGCUGGCGCUGGGAUCCGAGAGGGGCUCAGGCAGGAGGAAAAACCAGAGAUACGUCAGCAUGCGCAUCAACACUCACGCCAUUGAUAAGUACUCCAGGAUAAUAUUCCCUGGUGCAUACAUUCUAUUUAAUUUGAUAUACUGGUCCAUUUUUUCAUAAAUAUAUGUAACUUCUGUAGUCACAGAGCAUCGUGACAUUAAACAAAAGUACAGUCUUAUAGGCUAACAGAAAGAAAAUGAAGAAUUAUUUUAAUGGAAGGAAGAUUGACUUUCUUUUUCCAGGAUUUUUUUUUAUUAGAUGCAAUUUAUCUGUGGCAUAAAUAAUUGUACAAGUUUCGCAUUUCAGCAAAAUAUAGGAUAUACAGUCUAAAAUUUUAUACUUAUUUGAGGCUGUGCUAUGUUUCUUCUCGUGCCUCGCAGGCCACUGUAAACUGUUUUAACAAGUGACUAUAAUUGCCAGUUGCUUAUAUAUGGUGCAUCCUCCAUUCUGUGCCCCUGAAACCCUAAUUCUAAGUACCUGAGUGCAUGCAUACUCCUCUCAGCUCAGCAGAGUUAUCACGUACAAUACCAAUAAAUACGAGAAUACACAAAUACUUGUGUGUUUGCAGGAUGAGGUCAGAAAGGGUCAUCACAAACAGAAAACAGCCAGUACCGGGAAACACAUUAUUGAUGGCUACAGCUUGCUUGCACUGCUUAACGCAUGCUGCCCUAGCAGUACUGCACUGACAAGUCCAUGUAGGAAUACUUUCAGAGUUUUUAAAAUAUUUUUUUUUAAAUUUGACUUGCAAUGUGCAUUUACUAAGGAAUGAACAAAAGCCAGGCUUCCUGCUGUGCUAACCAAAUCCUCUGGGAAACACAGGAGAUCUCCUUGGACCUGCUUAUUUGGGUCAGUGGGAGUUUUGCUCUUGAGUUUUCUACAGGAGGAAACAGAUUGAUACAACAAAAUGAUACAGUGAAGACAAACAGGUGUCUAUGAAAAGAAUUAAACUACUUCAGGAGAAGCCUCUUUUCUCUGAGAUAGCCUGGACAUUCCUGGUCUGUACAGCCUGAGAACCUGUUGCAGCCUGUAAAGCCACCAGUAAUUGUACUUGCUUCCAGGAAAAGCCCAGUCCAUCUGUUUUUAGUAAAAACGUAACAGAAAGGUGCUCAACAGCUGACAAAGCAGUAGUAAGGACUUUAUCUUUGAGUUACUAAAGAGACCAUGCCGAAAAAAUUGGGCUGAAGUAAAAAGGAGCUCCUACCAUGAGACAACAGCUCCCUUGCAGACCCAGGUAGAACUCACUGACUGGUUUUCACACUGUGUCAUGCCCCUGGCACCCUGCAGCCGGCUGUGCUCUUAGAGCAGGGUCAGCACCUUCCAGGGCAGAAGCAAGAAGACGCAUCUGGUGCCAGGGGCACUCAGCAAUGGCUUAAGUCCCAAGCCUCCAUCACAGUUUCUGCAAAGCAGCCAGUCAGCAUAAAUGCUCCGUAUGGAAAAGGCAAAAUCUGUAAUGGAGAAGUAAUAAAAUAUUUCAGGAAAACAAGAAUUGGUUGGAUGGAGUCAGGGGCCUUUACAAUACUAGGAGCACCAAAGGUGUCUCAGAAAGCAUGGACAUUUAGUUGGUCUGCUGCCAUGUGUUACACACCUACAUCCACAAAGCUAACUGAGUGUUUGGAUUAACAGGACUUUGAACACAUGCACGCUUUUGCACACAAGUACAAAAUUCAUUAUUCCCUGCACAGCAGAUGCUGUUGUCUUGACAAGCACAACCGGUCUGAGAAUCAGACCAAAGCAGCUGUGUCUCCAAAAGGGAAGUGAAUCUCCUUACAUGAAAUCCACCCUGGCCUGACUGAUCUGCCACUCUACCAUUAGGCUUGUGACACAGACAUUGUACUUGUUUGAAGGCUGCUGGUUGUUGCUUUGAUUUCCCAUGUAAAUAAAUGUCACAUAAACAAACUCAGCAUUUCUUACAACUGCUGAAAUCCUGACCUACAUAACUAUGUACGCUCACCUUGCACUUACAGCCUACACUCCACAGGUAAGGCAAUGAAAUCACAAAAGCUAAAAAUCACUAAAAGACACACCCACCCGUAAGAUAGUUUUAGUACUUAUUUCUACAUAGCUUUUUUUCACAUACACAUAUUACCUUCGCUUCAUUUUAUCAAGUUUCCUUCAUAUCAUGUUAUUUUCCAGUAGGUUUUUCCAAGAGAUUAAAAAAAAAUACCUGUUUUCUUAAAUCAUAAACAUUUCAGUCAAACGAAGGUAGAAAGGUCACUCUGGCAAAAGCAGAGGAAAGGCUGGCCACCAGGUUUGGCCACCUUAUUCCAGUGGCACCUUCUCCAACAAACAGCUCCAAGAUUUCUUGGGUACUGCUUGCACAGGAUCGUAUCUAGAUUCUCCGUAUUGUAAGAAACCAUUUAUUUCUACAAUUUAAGCACACCACAAAGAGGAGCGCCAGAUUUUACAGUAAGCUGUCCAGCUUCUUAAGCUUAAUGCUAUGUAGUUUGCUGCAGUACUGUACAUUCCUUUGUAGGCUCAUUAAUCCCAUAGUACAUACAUUAUUUGGCAUCUGACUAGUAUAUUGAGGGAGAUUGUGAAGACACAAAUGGCAGCUGGACUUUCAAAUUCCCUGGCUUUCAGCGGGACACUGGUUUCUGUCUUCUCAUGUGAGUUUCAAAGUUUCUCUCCCAGCACAUCUCCCUGAACAGACUCCUCUCAGCCUCCAUGUUUGGACUCACAUUGUUAAUUUACUUGUCUUUUAUCUGGGAAACUCUAGUGCCUUUUCAGUCUUAUAUAGAUGUAUUCUCCAAGUACAGCAUAUGUCAUAUACAGCCAGCGUUUGCCAUCAGCUGUACUCACUGAACAUACUUACAUACACAGUUAUUUGGCUUUUAAGCUUUUGGUGUACGGUUCCUUUAUCCAAUCAUUAACAAUCUGCUCCUUUCCAUGUCCACAAUAAAUUAGUGAUUUGGUUUUGUUUAUUUCUAGAAACACUCAAAAUCACAAUAAAACUUCGCAUUUGUACAGCA